AUGAUGAGGAGGGGAAGGCCUUGCUGUCCAGGCCAGAAAUUCGUGCUGGUUGUGGGAAAAAAUAACAGGGAUCCACACCAAGAAAGUAAAGAAACAAGAUAUACCCAUCGAGUGAUGAAUGGAAACAUUGAGGAGGUCGGGGAAGGCAUUACCACUUCUGUAAAGGGAGAUCGAGCCUUUGCUCAAGGUCAAUACAAGCUCGAUUGGGCAGCUUUCCAGCAGUACACGAAGACGCAUUCAGCUACCAAAUGCGAGAUCCCUUUGAAUUUUUCAUACGACAAAUCGCAACUCUACCUAUUGCACUCUCGGCGGUGUACACAGGCCUCUAUGGAUGUCUUCUUCGAUGAAAUCACUCUCUUCGCGAAGGAUUUUAGCUGCGAUUUCCAGAAAAAAGGAACAACUAGAACUAGCUUGAUGGCCACCCUUCUCGGAUUGCGUAUUCUUUUGUCCUGGGCGACUUUUGUGGAACACUGGGAAGGACGUAGCCUGCCUGAAAUAUACCCUACUGUACCUCUGCGCGUGUAA